AACUGCUGGCUUACAUAUACCUACCUACCUACCUAAGUACCUACUAUAUAGCAUCAAGCUAAUACAUAUAGUUAUUGUUUUUCAAAAGGGAGAUACAUUAAACCCUUUCCCAUGUGGUUAUCUUUUCUAUUCCCAUUAUUUGCGGCAUUAUGGCCGCUCAAUAUGACCAAGACGAAUCUUAUGCGUCUCAUCAAUACAUAAUGGCAACAGAGCUCAAUUUGAUGCCACAUGAGGUUAUCCUUAGGCGUACCCUUACUCCUAACUCUAUUAUUUCGAUAAAAUCUUCCUUCGCUCGUCGCUUUCACCAUGCAGUAGCCCAUCCAGAACUUCAAGUCGUCGUAGAAAUCGGUAAAGGCCUCCAAGGUAGUGUGUUCGAACAACUUGGACACGCCCUAGCAAUGAAGAAAGAACGACGAGGAAACGAGCGGCUUCGAACAAGUUUAAAAAAGGAAUAUUCGUUACACAGUGCCGUCCUGGAAGCCUUUGGUCUAUAUGGGGAGAUGGUCGAGAGUACUGUCCGAGUCCCACGUCUAUUCUCCAUCGUUAAUCGCACAAACGAUGAUUUCUGGGGAGAAUACCUACCUAAGUUGCCCGAGGAUUGUCGUACUCGAGGCACCCUGGUUCAAAUGGAACGCAUACUCCCGUUGCCAAAAAUCGUUCGGGAAUCGCUGAUCAACUACUUCUAUCCUCGUGAAGACGCCUCAGCUCUGGACCCAAGUGUAGUACAGCAUAUUCUCGAUAGCACGCCAAACAAGCACUGCCUCGCCAGGACAUACCUCGGAAGAGAUGAUGGGGUAUUUACGAGGGAGAAGUUUUCUCUUAGGAAUUUCCCUCUUUACUUGAAGUCUAUGGAACGCCUGGGCCUGGACACCCCAAACAUAGCAGCCUCAAUGGGGAAGGCAUAUGCUCUUAUGCAUUGGGGCGCUGGUGUUAACGGCGAUCACGUCGAAUUUGUCCUUGGCACGUCGGCAGUGAGAGGUCCUAAGGGACCUCCCGGGACUCCUGGGACACAACAUCGAGCCGUAGGGCUAUACCUAAUCGAUUUUGGGCAAUGUGAGUCGGUAGACCUAUCCGAGGAGCCCGAGGAGGUCUACCAGGCUCUCAAGGUUGCAAUGGUAACUGGCGACAGUCAACUAUUCAUCCCACACUAUCGAAAAAGUCCUGAAUUGUAUUCUGUUUUCAAGGAAGCAUAUAUCGAUGCGGGCAGGUUAAUUCUGGUGGAGAAGGGUUUGGAUUCUAAUUUCAACGUGGACGAAUUUAUGAUUGAGUAUGAGGAUUAUACAGAAGACUUCUUAUGAUACCUAGUACCCUUCUUUGGUAUUAAUUAAGGG